AACUCUGCGCGCGGGCGGUGCUGGUGCCGCUCUCCGCGCAAGUUCCCGCGGCCCGGGGGAGGUGCGCGUUGCGUCGGGGAAGGUCUGGGCCCGGAAGGGGGCGCCAGGUUGACUCUUUCCCUCUCGCCUUUGCCGCCCUGAUGCGGUCGCGAAAAGUUGCGAGACGGUGGGCGCGGAAGCUCCCUCUCUCUCUGCCUCUUUGCCGACUGCGGGGUUGCUCCGAGCCAGAAGGGAAUCUCUGCCUGCCCCCCCCCCCGGUUCCCUCGGAGUCUGAAUGGGUCGCCGGCCGAGCACUUGGGCGACACUUUUUUUUUAUUUUCCUCUCCCCCACAUUCAAGUAGUCUACGGGUCGGGAGAAUCUCAUUUCAAGCUGGAAGCCACUAGCAACAAGAGCGGGACUUAGCAACUCUGACAGACUCAGUCCUUCAACUGAACAGACGAGUACAACCCAUUCCUAGCUGCUGUCUCCACCCAACGAGAAGGUGCGUCUCAGGUAAGACCAACGCCCCUUCUCAGUUUUUGCUUCAACACAAAGCUUGAAGAAGCAGACACUGGGAUGCUGAUGAGAUCAAGACAGUGACCCAGUGAGUUUUUCUACUUCCUGAUCCCAAGCCGUAUUACCAGAUUGCUGUGGAAAUGAAUGGAGAACAGCAGCAUGAGACAGAUGCAGGAUCUGUUGUGGAAGAAGCAGAGUUCAGUUGGGAUGACUAUUUGGAAGAUACAGGAGCAACAGCAGCACCUCACAGCUCAUUUAGACAUGUGGAUACCAGCCCACAAAAUGGCUUCACACCAGGCAUGAAAUUGGAGGUUGCUAUCAAACCUGGCCCUGACACUUACUGGAUUGCCACAAUCAUUACCACUUGUGGGCAGUUACUACUUUUGCGCUAUGAUGGUUAUGGAGAAGACCGUAAGGCUGAUUUCUGGUGUGAUAUCAUGACAGCUGAUUUGCAUCCACUUGGCUGGUGUGAGCAGAACAAGAAGACACUCAAAGUGCCUGAAGGCAUUAAGGAUAAAAUUCCCAACCAGAUAGAAUUCCUUCAGCAGACUCUGAAAGGAGCAUGCAGUCCGCCUGCCGGUCUUCUAGAAGGACUCCAUCGAGGAAAAAAUUCUUUGGAUCUUAUUGCACCAGGGUCACGACUUGAAUGUCAGCACUUAACUAACUAUCUAGGAGCUUGGAUAGUCACUGUUCUGGAAAAUAUUGGUGGAAGACUCAGGCUGCGGUAUGAAGGACUUGGAGAUGUAGAACAAUAUGACUUAUGGAUGUUCUAUUUAGAUCCCUUUCUCCAUCCAAUGGGUUGGGCAUCUCAACAAGGAUACAUCCUUGAACCUCCUUUAGCUAUUAGGCAUUUGAAGACUGAGACAGAAUGGCAAGAAAUUCUAGCAAAAGUAAAAGAAGAGGAAGAAGAAUCGUUAGUGCCCACUGAUCUGUUCAAGGACAAACCUGUUGUUGGAACUCAUGCAUUUUCUGUAAACAUGAAGUUGGAAGCUAUUAAUCCAAAAGCUCCUUUUGCCAUAUCACCUGCUACAGUUACAAAGGUAUUGGAUGAUAAAUAUUUCUUGGUAGAAAUAGAUGAUUUGAGACCAGAUUGUACCACAAGCCAGCCUUUUAUUUGUCAUGUCAGUAGUGCUGGACUUUUCCCUGUGCAGUGGAGUCUGAAAAAUGGCUUACAUCUCAACCCUCCACCUGGUUAUCCAGGACAAGACUUUGACUGGGCAGAUUAUCUCAAGCAAUGCGGAGCUGAGGCUGCUCCCCAAAGCUGUUUUCCUCUGUUAAAUUCUGAGCAUGGUUUUAAGGAGAACAUGAAACUUGAGGCUGUGAAUUUAGAAAACCCAGAAGAAAUCUGUGUGGCAACUAUUACAAAAGUGAAGGAUUCCUAUCUCUGGCUACAGCUGGAAAGUUCUAAAAUCCCAGUCCCUGAAUUCAUAGUGAGUGUGGAAUCUAUGAAUAUAUUUCCAGUUGGUUGGUGUGAAACUAAUGGAUACCAGCUUAGACCUCCUCGCAGAGUAGUAGUGAAUAAGGAAAAGAAAAUUGCAGUUGUUCAACCAGAGAAACAGAUAUUAUCUUCAAGGACUGUCAGUGAAGGAUUAAAGACCCAGGAACUGAACUCAACUGACACUAUUGUAACAAAUGGUAAAUACUGUUGCCCAAAGAUCUACUUUAACCACCGAUGCUUCUCAGGACCUUAUCUUAACAAAGGGAGAAUUGCAGAACUCCCACAGUCUGUAGGACCUGGGAAUUGCGUCCUUGUUCUUAAAGAGGUUCUCUCUUUGUUGAUCAACGCUGCUUAUAAACCUAGCCGUGUUCUUAGAGAAAUACAACUAGAUGAAGAAGCUUCAUGGCACGGAUAUGGGGAGACUUUGAAAGCAAAAUACAAAGGAAAGAGCUACCGAGCUACAGUGGAGGUGGUAAGAACAGCUGAUCGAGUUGCAGACUUCUGCAGGCAGACCUGCAUCAAACUGGAAUGUUGUCCAAAUCUUUUUGGCCCCCAAAUGGUGCUAGACAAAUGUUCUGAGAACUGCUCUGUUCUAACAAAAACCAAAUACACCCAUUAUUAUGGAAAGAGAAGAAACAAAAGGAUUGGCCGACCACCUAGUAUCCACAGCAACAUUGAGGCAAGCAUGAAAAAAGCAAACAGGAAAAGAAAAAAACGGAAAAACUUCUUCGUUCAUAAGAAGAAGCGAUCUUCUACUUCUGUAGAUAACACACCAGUGGGAUCACCCCAAGGAAGUGGAGGUGAAGAUGAGGAUGAUCAGGAUGACAUAGACGAAGAGUCCCUUACUGAAGACAGUACCUCUGAGCAUCAGGAGGAACUGUCUGAAGUAUCGGAGAAGAAAUCACAGUCAUCUUCCCCAACACAGAGUGAGCAGUCUCAUUUUGGGGCUCCAGACCGGGACAAACGGAAAAGAAAACUACGGACUUUUUCUUUCUCAGAUGAUGAAAAUAGGCCACCUUCACCAAAGGAAAUAAAGAUAGAAGUUGAUGAAAAACUACAGCUGGACAGCAAUCCUCUGGAAUGGAGUGUAGCAGAUGUUGUGCGGUUCCUUAAAUCUACAGAUUGUGCGCCAUUAGCUAGAAUAUUUCUGGAUCAGGAAAUAGAUGGGCAGGCACUUCUCUUGCUCACUCUUCCCACGGUUCAGGAGUGUAUGGACUUGAAACUUGGCCCAGCCAUUAAACUUUGCCAUCACAUUGAAAGGGUUAAAUUUGCCUUCUACCAGCAGUUUGCCAACUAAAACAGGAGAAAGAAGAUGAACCUGAAACUUUGAAGCACAAGUGCAGUAACCUGCUUUUCCUUCAGCAGGAAGAACCAAGAAGGGUUAGAUGGAAACUGCUUAUGAACUGGCUUUACAGUUUUGCACUUUGAGUGGGGAAAAUACUUGGAGCAAAAUAUUAAUGCAAUCCUAUCUAUCUUUGCAGUUGUCUUUGGCUUAAAAAAGUAGUACUUACUCAUUCUGUACAUCAGGGCUUUUUUAUGAAUAAAAGAUGAUUUAAAUAUCUUUUGCAAGGAGAAAAAAAAUCCUCCAGUUGUGGUAUGGACAGAAAGAAUUUACAGCAUGUGGAAAGGAAUGCAGAAGAUGAGCACCUCUUUGCUGCUUGCUGAAUGACCGUCCUCUUUUUUAUUUUUAUUUUUCAGUCUUGAAGAUAAUUUAAAUGAGUAGACUAGCUAUUUGCCAAGAUACGUGGUGUGGCCAAAAGCUUAAAAGUGAAAUUGCAGCUUCUUUCUGAUGUUUAUUUUAGAGCCUGCUCUCUACCUCUAAAACCAAAAAAAGGUUACACGGCAAGUAAAAGAAUGAUACAGCUACUGACUUUUCUGUAGUUAAAUUAUGGAUGCCCCUCUUUUUCUACUGUCCUGACAGAAUCAUAGCCUUUAGCAGCUACUGGAUAGUCACAGACUGAAGAAGUAGCAUUCUUUAUUAUGGAGAAAUACUGAUAAAUGAAGAUUGUGCCUGUCAUGUUUCAGAUAAAAGUAGAGGGGGAAAACUUAGAAAUUGUGGAUAUUAAUAUGUGCUAUGGGUAAGCUAAAGUUGCACAGAAAUAUUGCCACACAUCAGAAAUAUGUUUUAGGAAAUAUGUAGCUGUUUAGGGGAAAUUACAUGGUCUUCCCUUAUUCUUAUUUGCUUAAAAAACUGAAUUUGCAUCUUUAGCAGAAGAAUGAAUUGAAAUGCAGAGCUCCUUCCAGUUCUCAAAUAACUAAAUUUGUCGAUUGUUUUGUAAAUGCACCCAUAGAACUUGAUUUUCUUAAAGUAUAUACAGGAGAAAAAUUGUGGCAUAGUUUGCAUACCAUACAUACACAUUAGGAGAUGGAGUUUGGUUUGGUUUGCUUAGCGUAUAGAGAAAUCAACUGAGUUCAUCAGCUUAUUAUGCUGAUCUAAUACAAAGAGCUACUACCCACAACUGCAGGAACAAGCUGAUGCUUUAACAUAUUUUGAAUGGAAAACUAGGUUCUAUGGAAGCUAGAAGGACCAGAGCAGUUUCUGCAUUUCUGCCCAUUACAUACAUAAAUUGUGGCUUCAGCCAUUGAGUAUUUAUUAUUCACAAGUUAGAUCAAAGCAUUGGUGACUUGUUGGAGAGUCAUGUUGCAGGGCAUAUUAAAUACUUUUAGGAAGAGAGAGAAUGUGGUAUCUUGAAAGAAAUUUCUUCAUAACUUUAGCUAUAUGGAAUCCUAAAGUAGAGACAGAAUGAUUUCAUGCUUCAGAUUUCAGUCAAAGUAGGUUUAAUACAUGAAAUGUUACAUAACUGAACAUAUGGGCCAAGUUUGCAAUUAGAUUUGUAUAUUGAAAUUAGUGCUAUUCAGAUGCUCCAUUAUUUAUAAGAACAUGCAUGUGUGUGAAAGUAUAAAUGCCUGUUUGGCAUCAGAAAGAAUAUUGGGGUUUUUUGUAAAAAAAAAAAAUCGGGCUCAAUGUAAUUCUUGUUUUAUUUAAUUAGCUCCAAUUGGAAUACAUUCAUGUGUUCAAACUUGUAUAUCUUAAGAUUUUCAGGGUUUUUUAAGUAAAGCUUUCAUAUGCCAUAUAUUGCUGUGAGUAAUAUUUUCAAUGCCAGUAAAAUAGAUGCUGGCUUAUUUAGGUUAUAUUUAUAGGCUGACAUUCCAGUCUUGUUCUAUCGUUUUGGUCUUACUAUAACCAUUAAGGAUUUUCCAAAAAAAAAAAAAAGAUGGUUUUCAUUACUUGUUUCUUUGAAUGAGUCAUUUCUAUGCAACAUGUGAGAAACGAAUAUAUUUCAUUUCUUGAGGCCAAUUCAAGCAUGUCUUGUGGAUUGAAGUUUAAAAGGUUUAACACAAUCUGUAAAAUAUUCCAUAUAUAGUUCUGAAAUAUUAUCUGAGUUUCGUAAAAUGUAAUUUAAUCUAUAAAUCAUUCAUCUCUUUCCUGCUAUUGCCCUGGUGAGUCAGCCAGUCUUACCUGCUUUGCUACUGAUACGACAUUCAAAGCCUGUUGGAAUAUUAAAAUUGAUUAAGGAAAAUCUGCAAAGUUAGAUAACAUUGUAUAUUUUUACAAGGCCUGUGACAUUCUAGCUAGGAAAAAUUAUGUUGGGUUUAAGGCCUGCAUUAAUAUUUACAUAAAGCAGAGAGAGAGUGGAAAGGUAAACAUAGUUUUCAGAUCUCUGGUGCUAAUUGCUAUAGAAAAAGGAUAUUAAAAAUUAUUAGAAACUGGUAGUAAACUAGAUUUUCUCAUGAUUGGUGUCUUGAGGAAACACUUUAAAAUUUGGGGAGAUAGAAGAAAAAUCAUUUAGCCUACUCUGAGAACACCAGCUACUUUUUUGAAGUUGACUACUGUGCAAAAUAUUCUUUCUAUAAUUUUACUGUGUAGUUGCCAUUUUUAUUAUUCUAAAGAUUUGGGAAAAAGAAGCAAUCCAAUAUUUCAUAUAGUUACUGAAUUGAGCACAUAAUUUUCCAAGGUCAGAGGUGGGUUUUUUUCGUUUUUUGUAUUACUGGCCAAACUUUAUCAGUUAAGAAGAGUUUUAAAAAAGGUUUUUGCAAAAGAUGUUUGCCAAAAUGUAAAGUCUAACGCCAGGAUAUCAGCCAUUUUGUUUCUUUCUGUAAAUACUGUAAUGCUGUAUGAGUUCACUCAAGAUGUACUGCCAAAUGUUUUAGCAGAUAUAAAAUUCAACAUUUUAAAUGAAGGUCUUUAAAAGCCAUUUUUGGCUUUGUCUAAGAUAGUUGUCUGCUGGGAAAAUUUUUAGAAUACCCAAUAGUUGCUAAGCACAAAGAAACUGACAUUGCCUGGAAACCUCACUGGUGUAAAUUUCACUAUAUUCCAGGUGCUUAUGUUGGUAUUAAAGUUUCCCCAAAAUAUCUAUAAAUGACCUUUAUAUUUGAAGGAAGCCUUAAGGGUAAGAGGUCAGAAUGGAUUUUGAAAGGAUAAAACUAGUUUAAAAACUAUGUUAUAUCUAUAAUUCAGUGGUAUUUGUUGCAUGUGCAGCAAUCUUAACCCCCCUUCCCUUGACUUGGAUUUAUAACAAAUGGAUUGUAUACUGAAGGCCAUGAAUGUGAAUUCUUUUUUAUAUCAUGUUUCAAAAUUAUCAACACUGGAGAAGCACCAGCUCACAGUGUUUACUUCUCAUAACUACUUGCUUGCUAGAAAUAGGUUGUAUUAUUUAUAUUCUUUUAAGCAAUUAUUUUUUUAAAAAACUGUAAAAACCAAAUUCCAUGCAGGAAAGAAUUUGUUUUCCUUCAGUUAAUAAAUUCAAAGUUCCACUAUUUGUCCUGUGCAAGGCUAGAAUCUGGAAUCAUUUCGAACUUCACAGAAAUAGGAUUGAUUUAAAAUAGAUUUUAGGGGAUGAAAAAUAUAUCUUUUUGUUUGCCCUAUGGAGCCUUAUAUACCUUAUAAGUACUGAAGGUUUGUAUUCAUCAGCUUCCCUGGCUGCUAUCUUGUUUCAUUUUCACCCAUUGUGCACACCUCUUCUGUUCUGAUUGUUCCCUUAAUGUUCAUAGACAAUCAAAACCUCUUGAAAGAGCCUCUAAGGCAGGUACUGCCAGCAUAUUUCUUAGUUGUAAUAGCUCAUUGGACAUGCACUUUCCUGCUUUGCUCUAAAAAAAAAGAUUAAAGAUGUAUAUUGUGUUGUCUUUUCUGCUUGCUGUAUUUUUACUUUAAUUAAUAUAUAUGUGUGUGUGCGCGUGAACUGAGGGUAAAAUUUUGAAAGUAGAAGAUAUGCACAUAAAAUGUCUACUGAAGCACCUUCUUUGUUGCCUAGGUGCAUCAGGUAAAGGGUUUUAAAAUAUUUUAGAUUAUUUGACUUGUUCUGUAAAUGAAUGUAUAUAAUUUUGUGGUACUUCAUGACCGUUUUAAGUGGUUGUAAGAAAAUUAAAAAUACUUAAAUUGG